UAUCAUUUGACGCAGCACUCACUUUCAGGCAGCUCAUCAGUGUUUGGGCUGAUUCAUUUGGCGCAGGAAGUUCAGUCGGUUGACUCUGAUCGAUAGCAACAUCAGUACGUAGAGACUACAAGAAAAUUAAUAUUUUCUAUAUUUAUUUUCUUUUCUAAUAAUAAUAAUAAACGAAAAAAAUAAAAUCCCAAUUUAUCCCCUCCCCUCUCACCCGAAACCUAUCCCCUUCUCCGACGAGCUGCCGCCGCCAUUGGAGGAAGAAAAAUCAGAGCGGUAGAGGAAAACGAUCCAUCCCGAGUGGGUGAGAUCUAAGGCCAACCCUAGUGGGCGAAGUGGGGAUUUGAUUGCUUUGCAUGCAUCUGAUGUUCGGAGGUCAAGUGGUAUCAUCGUCUGGCAAUCGUCCGCAUUUGAGGAAGUCUGCUAGCCGACCUCUUGUCUUCGAUCUUGGGAGUGAUGCGAGGGUGCCCGUCGCUGCAAGUUUUCUUCCUCUUAUGGCGGCGGCAGCUCGUCGGAGAAGGGGUUUCGAGGAAGAAGGGGAUAGGUUUCGGGGAAGAAGGGGGUUAGGAAAUGGGAAUAAAUUGGAUAUUUUUGUUUAU